AUGACGACACAGGACCCAGGACCCGCACCCCUGCGUCUCCCGGCCAUCCUCCAGAACCCCCAGUCAAAGACCCAGCGCCAAGUAGAGGCAUUCAACUUGCAACAGCGCGAAAAAGUCGCCGCCAGACGCGAUGCCGCACGUAACAAGGAAGAAGACAUUGUCGGCAGCAAGCGCGGAAAGCGUGUCGUCAGGCGCAUGAACAAUGCGACCUUUCUCGACAACCCGCACGCCGUGGCCCCCAAGCGCGGCGACCUCGUCCCCUCUGUCCCGCUCCACCACCACCCGCUCCGCCCGUCCUUUCCCUCGGACGCCAUUGCGCGCAGCGAGGCCAUCCCAGCCAUCACCGCGCAGCGCGCCGACCCAUUCGCUCCCUCGUCGCAGGCAGGCGCAUUCUCCACUUCGCUCCGGGGCACGCGCCAGCUGCUCCGUCGCCGUGGCCGCCGCGCCGAGGUCCUGGUCCCCAUUGUCGAGGACGCGGUGCGCGCCUGGCUCGGUGGGGAGUAUGCGCUCGCGGGGGAAGACGAUGUGGCGUGGCACGUCGUGGACGCUACGCCGGUCGAGACGGGCGCGGGCGCCAGUGCCGGCGGCAGCAGCAGCAGUGGCAGUGGCAGUGCGGCUGGACCGAGCAGGCGUAUGCCCGCCCAGCACCAAGUGCGCGCCGCGCUGCCCGGCCUCCCAGUCACGAACGGCACCGUCCCCGCGGUCCUGGAGCUGUCCCGGUCCGCAGGCCACAUCACCUGGGCCGUCCCCGACUCGUUUGACCGGCUGGUCGUGCACAUGGUCGCGCGGUACUAUGAGCUCGUGUCAUGGAGCGAGGACCAGACGACCCUCACAGGCGAGACGGUCCGGCUGACGCACCUCGUCCGCCCGGCGUUGGUCAAGGCCAAACCUCCACCCGCGUCGCAUGCCCUGCUCACGCCCGAGACGUCAGACGUGUCGGGCCACUCGGCGUCUGAGUCGGGCACCGAGCACAGCUCCACAGACACGGGCGACGACACGGCCACCGAAAUGGGCGAUCACACAGAUACCGAGGGAUACGUCCAUGUGUCUGGUGCCGGGGCCAAUGGUGACAGCUCGGACACGGACGGGGAAGGGGACGGGGACAGGACGUUCCGGUCCCUCACUGAACGCUUCGGCGUUGGCCAUGACGACGACGAUGACGACGAGGAGGAAGGCGCCAACACGUCCCUGUCGUCGCGGUUCGGCACCCUCGACCUGGACUCGAACACGGACACAGACUACCGCCUCGGCCCCGGCCUCCACCGCACGCACUCGCACGGCUCGUCGGCGUACGCGUCCGACGAGGGCGGGUCCGAGGCCGGCCUGGAGACGAGCGUGUUUACGCUGGCGUCGGCCUCUGCCGCAGACCCAAAUUCGCCCGUGGCGACAUACGCUGCCCUGCCAAGUCUUGGCGAGGGGGCACACUAUGCUCCGCGGCGCCUGGGCGAUGGCGCCGGCGCCGACUGGUCUGACAAGCCCACGUUCUUCGAGUUUGUCUAUGGCGAGUAG